CGCAAACCUUCGCUGCCUCGCUCCCCUCUCCUUUCGCUCGAAACCAUCUUCUACUGUCCCCUUCUUCGUCCUACCCUGCUCGAAACCCUAGCGGUACAGUCGCGACUCGAGCUACCUGUGAAGGCAACGACGGGAUUGCGGCGUACAAAAGAACUCCUAUACUCCCGUAUAUCUUUUUUUCCCACUCCACUCGUACCGGACUAAUCUUCAUCUUUCUCAUCCUUUCUCCCACCCCGCUUCCCGCGCUUCAGAUCUUCUGAAUCCCAUAAAUCCACCUCCCAACAGGAUUUAUUAAAUCCGGGAUUUAAGGCAAAACGGUGGAGAAACGGGAUUUGAAGUUGUCAUUUUUGAUGCUUGGCAGGAUUUAGGUUAAAUCCUGAUCAAAUCCUGCUACCAAAGAGCCUCAUAAGUCUUUGCUGAUCAGCCCCUUUCUCCCUUGCUCUCGGUGUUCAUCGGAGAAGAUGGGGAAGAAACAGCACAGCAAGGAUCGAAUGUUCAUCACGAAGACAGAAUGGGCAACGGAGUGGGGCGGCGCUAAAUCCAAAGACAAUGGCAUACCUUUCAAGCGCCUUCCAUUCUACUGCUGCUCGUUAACAUUCACUCCUUUCGUGGAUCCCGUCUGCACGGAUGAUGGAAGUGUGUUCGAUGUAAUGAAUAUAAUCCCGUAUAUUAGGAAGUUUGGGAAGCAUCCUGUCAAUGGAGGGCCUCUGAAGCAGGAUGAUUUAAUUCCCCUGACAUUCCACAAGAAUUCAGAUGGGGAGUUUCAUUGUCCUGUUCUCAACAAAGUCUUCACAGAAUUUACACACAUCACUGCUGUAAAAACUACUGGAAAUGUGUUCUCUCAUGAGGCAAUCAAAGAACUAAAUAUCAAAAACAAAAACUGGAAGGAGUUACUAACAGAUGAACCAUUUACGAAAGAUGAUUUGAUAACAAUUCAGAAUCCGCAUGCACUUGAUAGCAAGGUGGUCGUUGAAUUUGAUCAUUUCAAAAAAAAUCUGAAGCUUGAAGAUGAUGAUUUGAAUAGGAUGAAAGAUGAUCCUACCUAUAACAUAAAUGUUUCUGGUGAUAUCAAGCAAAUGCUGCUAGAUCUUGGAACGGAAAAGGCAAAGCAAGUUGCUUUACUUGGUGGUGGUGGAAGCAAAGCACAAAAUGAAAGAGCAUCCGCUCUUGCUGCCAUUUUGGCUGCAAGAUCACGCAUCAAAGAAGAUAAAAAUUCAAAUUCUAAAGGAGAUGAUAAACCGACUCAAUCUUUUAGUAUCGUGGAUGCAGCAUCUGCUUCUGUUUAUGGGAGAAGCGCAGAAGCAGCAAAAGUAGCUUCUAGUGACAAAACAGCAGCUCGUAUUGCGAUGCACAGGGCAGGAGAAAGGGCACCUGUAAACGCGAAGCUAGUGAAAAGCCGUUUCACCACCGGCGCUGCUUCAAGAUCAUUUACAUCAACUUCUUAUGAUCCAGUUACAAAAAAUGAAUUUGAAUAUAUCAAAGUUGAAAAAAAUCCAAAGAAAAAAGGAUAUGUUCAGCUGCAUACGACACAUGGCGAUUUGAAUGUGGAGCUUCACUGUGAUAUAACUCCGCGGGCAUGUGAAAAUUUCAUCACUCUCUGUGAACAGGGAUAUUAUAAUGGGAUUUCUUUUCAUCGAAAUAUAAGAAACUUUAUGAUUCAAGGCGGGGACCCGACGAGUACUGGAACGGGUGGGCAGUCCAUUUGGGGUAAGCCUUUCAAGGAUGAGUUAAAUUCAAAAGUAUUGCACUCAGGAAGGGGUGUUGUUAGUAUGGCUAACAGUGGACCUCAUUCAAAUGGCUCCCAGUUCUUCGUUCUAUACAAGUCUGCAAACCAUUUAAAUUUCAAGCACACGGUGUUCGGUAUGGUUGUAGGUGGCUUGACCACCCUCGCUGCUAUGGAAAAGGUUCCUGUUGAUGACGAUGAUCGACCUUUGGAAGAGAUAAAGAUCAUAAAUGUAAAAAUUUUUGUAAAUCCCUACACUGAGCCGGAUGAGGAUGAAGAGAAAGGAGAAAAGGAGGCUGCUCCAGCCAUCGAAGAUGAUGACGACAAGCAUAAAGUGGGUUCAUGGUUCAGCAAUCCAGCUACAGCUGCAACUGGGAAUGAAACUUCAACUGGUGGUGUGGGAAAGUAUCUUAAAUCGAGGAACACCAGAUCCGACGCCGCAGAAGGCAACAACAAUACAGGUCUUGAUUCCUCCAUGAAGAAGAGAAAGGUAGCAGCAUCAACUGUAGAAUAUAAUAAUUUUUCAAGCUGGUGAAUACUUUGCCAUCUAUGUUUAUCAGAGGGGCCUGGUAAGAAAAAUCUUCUUAUGGAUUUCAAUCCUGUUAGUAUAUGUUAUCUGAACAAUCUUUAGAAGAGUUGGUCUAUGAGCUUUAUUGGUGGGUGGGUGGGGGUUACAACAGGAAUGGCUGAGUGAUUUAAGUUUUCAUUGAUUAAUUUUGUUUUGUAUGUCAUGGGGUGGAACCGGCAUUAUUAUUUAGGGUGGGUAAUAUUAUCAAAUUCUCUAAAUUACAUAAGAAAAAGGUAUUAAAUUUUACUAUUUGUAUAGAGAAAUUAUAAAAUGUGAGCAAUUGCCCAUCCUAGACAUGACAUGAUUCUGCUCCUGCUUCUGUAUAUAUUUAAACGUUAGAUUGUUUCGAGUCAUCAUGAUCAAAUUUUGGCGAG